AUGAGAUUGAACUGCAAGAAAAAACUCGACCACUUUCCAGAUGACUUCAACCAGCUGGAUCUACUGGAAACCCACCGACAUCUGAUUCCUACAGGAACCCAGAGCCAUUGGCCAGGGGAGUCUGAGGAAGAUGAGGAGGAAAGGACCGAGGAGUGGUACCAGACCCAGGAGGAGAACCUGAAGGACAACCACAAGGAGUUAAUACUUUUUGCAUUGGAAAAUAACAGAAGCCUCGUAAACGGCCACCUGGCGAUAGUGCGGGAGCUGAUCGCGAAGGGGGCGGAUGUUCGCACGGUGACGGUAGAUGGGUGGACCCCGCUGCACAGCGCCUGCAAGUGGAAUAACACCGAGCUCGCCUCCUUCCUGCUCCAGCACGGCACAGACAUCAACGCGCAGACUAAGGGCUCCCUAACACCGCUGCACCUGGCCGCCGCCAACCGGGACUGCUGCCGGCUCCUAGAGCUCCUCCUCAUGAAUCGCUACAUCAAACCCCAACUGACCAAUAAGUUGGGGGAGACGGCUUAUGAGAUCGCCCGGCGCACCGACAUGUACCACUACCUGUUUGAAAUAGCAGAUUAUUGGACCUAGCCCCCAUCCACCGGCAGUAAUAAACGUCCUUGCAGUUGUCACUUUCUGUGUACAUGUCUGGUCCUCUGUAUGCUGUGUGUCUAUAGUAUGGGAAUCAUGACGAGUAUGAGGAAACUUCAGGGGGCUGCACACAGCAGAAAACCACAUCA